GUAUCGCUGUUAUCAUAAUUUAUAUUGAUUAAAAUCAUAGAAAUCAGUAAACGUUUUAUUUUCCUAAUAAGAUCUUCGAUUUAUUAUCACGUAUAACAAUGUAUUUACGACCAAUAAUGAUAGUUUGUGUUAUAUAAAGAACCAAUUAGAAUCAUACUAUACUAGAAACAUUUUCUCAAAUCUUGAAUUAAUCUUGAAACGCAAGCCGCCAAAAUAUUUGAACAGCAGAGGUAGAAAUGUAAACAAUAAAUACUAGACAGGAAGUGAAGUGUUACAAAUAAAUGUCAUGAAAAAUAUGAAUUUUAUACUUUUUAUCAUAUAUAAACGGUUGAUCGUUUAAAAAAAUAUGAAUACUUUUUCUUAUUGAUGGUUAUUUACUGGAUGCAUGACAUUUAUGGUUUUUUUUUUAAUAAUUUACUUUCCGUAUAACUUCCGUAACUCAAAUUAGUUUCAACCGAAAAUUUUUUAUUGGAUUCAUUAAAUAUUUCCAAUUUUUCUUUUAUACAUGAUUAAUCCGAAUUUAUAACAAUAUGGAUGAAUUGGGAAAUUCUAAUCUUCAAAUUGUACUUAGUAUUAAAGAAGGAAAAGGUUUUGAACAAAUUUCACAGCCAACAAUUCUUAUUGCAACGUUAAAUAGUCAUUCUUUAAAAUCUGAUGUUAUUGAAUCAAAUUCAAAUCCACAAUAUGCGACUGUUUUAAUUUGGGAAACAGACAAAAUCUCUGUAAGGAAAAUGAGAUGCGGACAAACUCCUUUGAAAUUAGAAUGUUUUGCUUUAAAGGAUCUUAGCAAUAAAGAAAAAAUUGGAUAUAUUCUUCUCAGUAUAAGAUCUGCACAAAUUAUAUCUAACAGUAAAAAAUUAGAGUUAAAAUCAAACUGGCAUACUUUAUUAGGAUUAAAAAAUAAUUUUAAGACACAAAAACCUGAAUUAUUACUAUCAUUAAGCAUUGAAGACCGAGAAUGUGUUACCUCAAAUUCUUUGACGAAGAAAUUUACUGAAAUCGAUAUGCACAGAAAUCCUGCGGGUGAUUUUGAAAAAUAUACUUGUAAAAAAAUUAAUCAAGAUUAUAAAAGUAUGUAUUCAACAAAUUGUUUGGAAGAAAAUUCUAUACCAGUGAUAUCUCAAUUACCAAAUCAUAUCGAAGCUUAUCAUUUUUAUUGUUUGGAUAUAAUCUUCGCUGGAAUUAAAUUAUCUUCAGGACCAGCAAUACAAAAUAUCGAAUUCAGAUUUUAUCAUCCAAAAACAGAAAUGAUGUACACAGUUGAUCCUAAGAUCUCAGUUCUUUUAGGAGAGAAAGUCAAAUUUAAAGAUAUUGGUUGCAAAUUACAUUUUAUAUCUGCAACAAAUGAAAUCAAACAGUUGUUAUUCUCUUGUCCUCUUAAGAUUAGUAUAUGGAAUUUGGGUGGUGAUCUUAAAACUUAUAUAUCGCAGUUUUCUCUUGAUGUAAAACAAUUAUUUCAUCAAAACAAGUGGAAGUGCGAAUACGAAAUGCCUUUGUAUAAUUCCAAAAAAAUUAAAGUCGGUGAAUUGGAUGUUGUACUUAGUUUGCAGGAUCAUGGUCCAUACAACAGAAUGAAUCAGAAUGUUUCUGAUCAAAAGUUUGGUCCACCAAUUAUAGAUGAUAGUUUAGCUUAUAAAAUAGUCGACGAGUUAGAAACAUGGAAAGAACGACAAAAGGAAAUAUUUAGAGUAAAGUUAAAAAAAAAAGAAGACCGUCAUUUAAAUUUAUUGAGCGAAGAAUGGCAAAGGCAAAAAGAAAAUUUAGAAUUAAAACUAGCGUGUAGUGUUGAGCAGUGUAAAAUGUUAGCUAACAAUCUAAAUAAAGCAACGGAUGAUUUAAGAACACGGAGAUUACAAAGUCUCGAAAAAGAAGCUAGAUUAAUUAAGGCAAAUGAAGAUUUGCAAUGGAGAUAUGAAACUAAAGUUCAAGAAUUAACAGAAUCAUUACGUGUAACAAAAGAAGAAUCGGCAUUAAAAAUACAUAUUCUUGAAGAAAAAAAUGCUUCUCUUGAAGCAAGAAUUGAACCUUUAUCUGCAGAAAAUGAAAAAUUACGACAAAUGCUCACAAAGCAGGUAGAAGAAUUGGAAGCAUAUCAAAAAGGAUCUCUGACACAAGAUCAAACAGCAACUUUGUUACAAGAGUUAAAAACUCUUGAAGAAAAAUAUAAUAAUGCACAACGUAAUAAAACAUUUUUUAAGGAAGAGUGGGGUAAAGCAGUACGUGAAAUUCACAGAAUGAAAAGAGAAUAUCAAGAAACGAUUGAAAUUCAAAUUAAAAAUAGUAAAGAAGAGUUAAAAAAUUUAGGUUUGGAAGAGAUAUUAUGCACAGAUUCAACAGCUUUAACGAAUGAUCAAAUUUUAUUAGGACAAAUUCAAAAAGAAAUAAAUGUAUUUAAGCCUAAUUCUUUAAUGAAACCAAUGCAUCAACAGAUGCUUUCACCAACAAGCAAGAUAUUUUCUAAAAAUUUUCUAACUAAUAUGAAAACUGUCUUACAUAAAUCAGAUGAAUAUGAUGAAAGAUUACAAGCUCUUAUCGAAGAGCGAAAUUCUUUGUUAAAAACUGGUAGUUAUACUAAUGACGACACAAUAAUUGUAAAACUUAACAUGGAAAUUAGGAAUAUUUUGAUGAACGUUUAAAAAUAUUUUUAUCAAAUGGUAGGGUCUGCUAUUAAUUAAUACUAAACAUUAGCAUUAGUCAUGUUUUAGAUUAUUUUAAAUAUAUAUUUUACAUACUUAUAAAUGUAAUUAUUGUGAAUAAUAUUGUCAAGGUUAUUUGGCUUAGCUAUUUUAAUAAAUUUCGUGUAAAUCUAUCAAACUCGAUAGAAGUAAGGAA